GAAGGGGAGAAGGCCGGGCGCAGCGGCGGGAAACCGGGCGGGACGGAGCAAAGAAAACGCAGAGGUCCGCGUCUGGAAACGCUCGGCUCCGCGGCCGCGGGGAGACGAGCCUGGGGAGGCCCCGCCCCCGGGGUGUGGCCUUCGGCCCCAAACGCUGCUUCGGACGCGGGGUUGGCCGCCGGGAGACGGCGCUUCCGGGAGGCGGCGCUGCGCGGUUCGAGGGACCGGGCGACCGUCGGUGCGGCCCUUCUGCGUCCCCGAAAGCGUCUUCUCCACACGCGUGUCGUCGACCCGCCCCUUGGUGUUUAGAGGAAGAAAAAGAGUUAAAAGGGUGGACUUUCCCCAAAGCUGCCAGUCUAAUUUAAUAUGAAUUUACUCUUCACACGAACAUCUCCUCGAAACGUAUCCAAAAGCAAACACCCGAGGGUUUCAAAAAGAGCCCCUUCGUGUGAGACGAUUUUGCAAAACGAGGCACCAGGCGGAGGAUGGGGUCGAAGGAAAGAGCCAAGGAGGCGUUUCUUUGAGUUGACGUUGGCUGUAACGCUGUCCCCCCCGCCGGGCCGUUGGUAAGAGGCCCGAAAUCCGAUGUUUCGGUGGUUUUCCAAGUAGAUGUGUUCCCACUGGGUAAGGUUAGUGGGAAAGGCGAGCAAGCGUAAGCUAAGAAGGAGUCUUUGGUCCUGGGCCGUCGUUCAGUUUGACAUGUAGGGUCGCGGUCAUCCCCCCGCGCGACCACGCCGACCUCGCAGGAGCCAGGACUUGGGGGAGCGCUUUGCAGGGAGGGCAAGACGCCUUCCGCCACCGCCGGAGGCCUCCCGGCCGGGCCUGCCAGCGAAACUGGCACAAGGCGGGUUAAGAAGAGGAGAAGGAGUUACGGACGUGUAGACUCACGGAGCACCGGUGAGGAGCUCGGGCGUGGAGAGCAGUACCUUUGCAGGGAAGGGACGAGACCGAGGGAGAGCGUCUUGCGUUUCCAGGGAGACGGCUUGUGGGAAGGCAGUCCCGUACAUGAGUGAAAUUGUGCCAUUUGGCUGGACUGUGGGUGAAGAUACUCGGGGCUUGCCCCAGAAUCUGGGCUCGAGUUGCCACAGUUGACCUCGGACAAGCUCCUUACCUUCCCAGCCUCAGCUUCCAAAUCUAAGAGGGAAACAGCAAUGCCUCUCUCCCAGCCUCUUGUGAGAAUUCAGCGAUCUCACGGAUGUGAAGUGUCCUCGUGGGUCCGGGCGGCGGCGGGGUCAGUGCCUCAUUCCUUCUCACGGUUGAGUGGCGUCGAAUCCCAUCGGCGCGCUGUAUCCAAGGCCUUUCUCCAAACCCGUUGCUGGACACAGGGUCGAGUCCAGUUCCCAGCCGGUAAGACUUAUUCUGGCUGCGGGUAAAGACUGUCAUCAGAGCUGCUCGUCGGUCUGAACUCUUUGAAACUUCUCUUUAUCUUCUGGAAUGUAUGUGCUGCCCCUGGAGCUGCCGAAACCCUGGAAUGUCCUCCUAUAAAUGUCGAGAGGACAGUGUGCUCAGCAGUCACGACUGCGUCCUGAUUUACAGACCGGAGCCAGAGGGCGACGAGAACCGCGCUGCGGCCGGAACGUGAUCGGACUUGCCACCCAGAUGCUGCAAGCGAAGCGGCUGGGACAGGGCCCCACGUGCUGCCCCGGCGGCCGGCCGGAGGAGAGGGCCUGUUUUCCGGAGGAUGGAUGCAUGGAAGAGAUGGAGAGAGGGAAGUGUUUUCUGGAAGAGACUUCUAGUGAGCAGGAUUCGAGGUCCGGAAAGAACCAGGCGAAGGAGAAUGCGUGGUCACACCCCGGCCUGGAAACAGCACCUGCCGAAGACAAGAGGACAGCGCCCCCUUCAGAGAGACCUUCCCAGAAGAGCCAGCCCUCCCCUGAGACGGAAACGGGUAACGAAUGCGACAAGCCACCUGCCGAGAAGACCCCCGCCUCUGCGGCUCAGAGGGGGUCCGCCGCCCCUCCUCCCGAAGGACCCCACGACGGAGUCCAAGACCUCGCUCCAGGGACACCCGCAGAGUCCAGACGACGUGCAGACGGAAGGGACGUCUCGCUCCCAGAGGGACCGAGUGCCAGGGAGGGAGAGGCGCAGGGCCGUGCGGACCGAACCCUGCGUCCGGCCCGCGAAGGGCGGCACGAAGAGCGUCGCUCUGAGGAGGAGCCUGGCGGCGGGGAAGCUCGGGCCAAGGGCAGGUCCGAGACUCCAGGUGAGCCGGAGCCGGACCAGCGUUCAGGUGACGAGCAGUGCACUGAUCAGACCGAAGGCGAGCACGUCGGUGACAGGUGUAUCAGCAGCAUAAAAGCUGUUGCCACAUCACGCACCCCGGGAAACUCAGCGAUAGGACCGGCUCUGCCGCACGCCGAGCCCGCAGAGCCCUCGGGCGGCAGUAAGCGGAGAGGAGCGGCCGAGAGCUCGGUCCAGGAGGAGAACAAGAAGAGCAGAAUCGACGCGGCCUGUGCAGGCGAGGGACAUGCACGCAGGAGGACACCGGAAACCCGGCAGGCUGCGGGGAGCAGCCAAGGCCAAGCCCAGGCAGCAGCCGGAUCCAAGAGCCCGGGGCAGCAAGACCCACCGGAUGACGGCCUGGUCCCCGCCGCCCCCUUCGAUCACCGCAUCGUGACAGCCAAGCAGGCCGCGGUCACCAGCUUCUACACCGUGAGCAGAACGGAGAUCCUCGGAGGGGGGCGCUUCGGCCAGGUUCACAAGUGUGAAGAGAAAGCCACAGGCCUGAAGCUGGCGGCCAAGAUCAUCAAGACCAGAGGCGCGAAGGACAAGGACGAGGCGAAGAACGAGAUCAGCGUCAUGAACCAGCUGGACCACGUGAACCUCAUUCAGCUGUACGACGCCUUCGAGUCUAAGCACGACGUCGUCCUGGUCCUGGAGUACGUGGACGGAGGGGAGCCGUUCGACCGCAUCAUUGACGACAACUGCAGCCUGACCGAGCUCGAUACCAUCCUGUUCAUCAGGCAGAUCUGCGAGGGGAUAAGACACAUGCACCAGAUGUACGUCCUCCACCUGGACCUGAAGCCUGAGAACAUCCUGUGUGUGAAUCGCGACACUAAACAAAUAAAAAUUAUUGACUUUGGAUUGGCCAGAAGGUACAAGCCCCGAGAGAAGCUGAAGGUGAACUUUGGGACGCCCGAGUUCCUCGCCCCGGAGGUGGUCAACUACGACUUCGUGUCGUUUCCCACGGACAUGUGGAGCGUGGGCGUCAUCGCCUACAUGCUACUCAGCGGCUUGUCCCCGUUCCUGGGAGAUACUGACACCGAGACCCUGAACAACAUCCUGGCCUGCAGGUGGGACCUUGAGGAUGCAGAAUUUCAGGACGUGUCGGAGGAGGCCCGGGAGUUCAUCUCCAAGCUUCUGAUCAAGGAGAAGAGAAGAGGAAGAAUUGCUGCCCUGACGCCCAGGACCUCGAGGCCAAAUAGCCUUUGGAAGGUGCCCAUCGGAAAGGAAAACUGCUGUGGUUGCUGCUGCUUUGAGAGGAUUUUUGGAAAAAUCAGCAGUUCUGAUGCCUUGACCCCAUGAAGACUAUGGUGGCUCUGGGGGAGGGGAGGUCACUGCCCUGAACUCUGAGCUCCUCUGUCACCUGGGGGGGCAUCCAGGGCCGUGUUCCUGGGGUUCAGGCAGACCCCCCCCCCCCGCACACACCUGCAUCCCUCGGCACACCUGAGUUUUAACAAGGUCCAUCCUAGUCACCGGGGCGGCGGCUAGGUUAUUCCUGCUACUUCUCAGGUCGCUGGAGCAGGCACACCCCAGACUUAGUUGAGAUUUUAAACCAGGUUGGAUGCAUUUAGAGAGAGAAUUGCCUUUCAAAGGGGUGACUCUGUCGUCAGAAAAAAAGUCUAAGUGCAGGGCAGCCUGGCACACUUGGUGUCUACAGCUUUACUGCUUUGAUUUGGUCUGAAACCAUGAAUCCAGCCCAUGAAGAAUUUGCUUUCUGGAACUUGC